AUGCAGGGCUUCAAUAUGGGACGCUACGUCCCCCCGGACCAAGAAGGCGUCACCUCCUUCAACAAACUGGCCAACAAACACCCCCUCGGCAACCGCGCCCGCCACCUCCAAACCAAAGGCGCUCUAAUCGUCCGCUUCGAAAUGCCCUUUGCGGUAUGGUGCACAACCUGCAAACCCCACGAAACCAUAAUCGGGCAAGGCGUCAGAUUCAAUGCAGAGAAGAAGAAAGUCGGGAAUUACUUCUCGACGCCAAUUUACAGUUUUCGGAUGAAGCAUACGGUUUGUGGGGGGUGGAUUGAAAUUAGGACCGAUCCUAAGAAUACGGCGUACGUUGUUACGGAGGGGGGACGUAAAAGAGAUACGGGGGAAGACAAGGAGGGCCCGUUGGAGGCGGGUGAGAUUAGGAUCAAGGUUCAUCCUGGCGAUGAUGAGACGCAAGAACCAAAGGAUGCGUUUGCACGGCUCGAAGGGAAGGUCGAGGAUAAACGACAGUUUGAUACAGCCGCGACCAGGAUAGGCGAGUUACUGAAACGUCAGGACCGGGAUUGGGAUGAUCCGUAUGAACAGUCUAGACGGCUGCGAAAGACGUUUCGUACGGAGCGCAAACGGCUUGAGAAAGUUGGGCAGGCGACGGAGGCCCUGAAGGAUAAAAUGAGUUUAGGGAUUGAAUUGUUGGAAGAGACAGAAGAAGAUAGGCUGCGGGCUGGUCUUGUUGAUUUUGGUCCUAGCACUUCUACUGCUCCUGGCGGUGAGCAAAAUGCGCUGGUGACUAUGAAUCGGACUCGACCGAUGUUCGAUAACGGCACUCUUAUGAAACAGUCUUCGGGUUAUCGGAGGAAGGAAGAAAGUAGGAAACACAAGGCAAAACGUAAAGCGGAAGAGCUUGCAGCUGAACAAAAGGCUCUUUUGAGUAGUGAGUUGCGAGGGAAUACCCGUGCCGUGGUAGAUCCGUUUCUAAAUGAGGAUGCGAAGAUAUGGCAGCCGACCAUAUUGAAGACACGGAAGAAGAAGAAGCUUACAGAUAUUGAAUCUUCGAUCGAGCGUGGUGACCAGGCUGAGGAUGGAAAGGUUGUGAUGGCUACAGAUUCAGGUUCCACAAGUGAGAAGACGACAACGCCAAUUCCCUUGGUUACCUACGGGUCUGAUUCUGAGUGA